UGGAGCGGAAUAGCGAGGAGUACCACUGCGCACAUGGGAAGCGAUGAAACGGGUCACACAUUGGCAGCUGUCUGAAUGAACAGAGCAAUGCAAAAUUAUAGCACUACAUUACGUUUCGUCUUGUAAUUUUUUUUUUCUUGAAAAUACACAAUGGCACUUUUAACUUUAUUUUGUCUAAUUUCCUAUGGCAUUAGUCUGGUGCAAACGGUGGAACUUCUUUCUGAAAUGCCAAAUGUAUGUGUACAGCAGGAACUGGCCAUGAUUGGACACAGACAGCCUUGUGUGCAGGCCUUUGCUCGCAUGGUCAAAGUGUGGAAGCAAGGCUGCACUGGGCAAAGAUGGUGCAUGGGAUAUGAACGAAGGACCAGCUAUUACACUGCCUACAGACAAGUAUAUGCCAUGGACCGGCACACAGUGUACAAAUGUUGCCCAGGGUGGACUCGAAAGGACAAUGAGCUGGGAUGUCUGCACCCAUUGUGUUCAGCAGGGACCUGCUUCAAUGGAGGUCAGUGCACAAGUGGAGAUUCCCAGGUCUGCCAGUGUCCAGAAGGUUUUCAGGGUUCUCGGUGCCAAUAUGAUGUAAAUGAAUGUUCAAUCAGCAAUGGAGGAUGUCAGGACCAGUGCUGCAAUACCAUUGGGAGUUUCUAUUGCAAGUGCCCUUCGGGACAGAAAUUAGGAAGUGACGGAAAAUCAUGUGAAGAUGUCGAUGAAUGUGCUAUCGUGAAUGGAGGUUGUCAACAGGCCUGCAUUAACACAGCAGAGUCCUUCCAUUGUGAAUGUGAUGUGGGCUACCGACUACAUACUGAUGGAAGGACAUGUAUCACUGUCAGCUCUUGUUCUGUAAACAAUGGUGGCUGUGAGCACAGAUGUGUUGAAGUUGGCGAUGAUCAAUUCAAGUGCCUAUGUCUGGCAAACUAUCAGCUCAAAAGAGACGGGAAACAUUGCAAAUUAAAAGACCUCUGCAGUGAUAGAAAUGGAGGUUGUGCUCAUAUCUGUAAAAAUGAAGAAGCUGGAACAGUGAGUUGUGAAUGUAGACAUGGAUAUCGUCUCUCUGCUGAUAGGAGAAAUUGUGAAGACAUUGAUGAGUGUCGUUUAGGGACAGCCAUGUGUGCUCAUCGCUGUGUCAACAUGUUGGGAUCUUUUAGGUGCACUUGCAACCCAGGGUUUGAGCUGGGAGCAGAUGGAAAGCAAUGUUACCGUAUUGAAAUGGAAAUUGUUAACAGUUGUGAGAAGGACAAUGGUGGGUGCUCUCAUCGCUGUGAACACUCGACUGCUGGACCUCUUUGCUCCUGUAACCAAGGGUUCCACAUAGGCGUGGAUAGCAAGACUUGCGUAGACACUGAUGAGUGUGAAACUGGAGAAGCCUGCUGUAGCCAGUUCUGCAAAAAUUAUCCAGGGGGCUAUGAAUGUAGCUGCAAAGCUGGCUUCAUACUUAACCCUGAUGGCUGUGGCUGUGAUGAUAUUGAUGAGUGUUUGACUGAAAGUGCUGGCUGUAGUCAUGAAUGUCACAACACACAGGGAUCAUUUGAGUGCUCCUGCUAUGAAGAAUUCCGAUUAGAUUUUGACAGAAAAACUUGCAUUCCUUUAUAUGAUGAUUUUGAUGAAGAAGAGGAAGAAGAGCUAGAAGUCAUUCAACUUCCUGGCUUACGUUUCAGAAAACCCCCUCAAUUCAUUCAUUACUCAGCAGCUCUACAUUCUCCAUAUGAUUAUGAAAAUGAAGAAGAGAUAAGGGGAGAGCACACACUUGUUCACAAAAUAAUCUGUUUAGAUAACAGUUUUGGCAAUGACUGCAGUCUGACUUGUGAAGACUGUAUAAAUGGAGGCGUAUGCAAUGAAAAAGGCAAUGGAUGUGAUUGUCCUGCAGGAUGGACUGGAAGCAUUUGUAAUGAAACUUGCCCCACUGGAACUUAUGGAAGAGAGUGCAGCAAAAGCUGUAAAUGUGAAAAUGGAGGAACAUGUGACCCUACAACUGGAGUAUGUCACUGUCCUCCUGGAAUUACUGGAAAUUUUUGUGAAAAUGGUUGUCCAAAAGGUUUGUUUGGAAAGAGCUGUAACAGGAAAUGCAACUGUGCAAACAACGGCCACUGCCAUAGACUAUAUGGCGCAUGUUUGUGUGACCCGGGUCUGUAUGGACGCUUUUGUCAUUUAUCUUGCCCCAGAUGGACCUUUGGUGCUGGUUGUUCUGAAGAGUGUCUUUGUGUUCAGGAAAACACUCUACAUUGUGAUGCAAAGAAUGGGUCAUGCAUCUGUAAGUCUGGUUAUCAUGGAGAUAAAUGUCAGAAAGAGUGCCAACCCCUAUUUUAUGGUCCUGGCUGCACCUUAAAAUGCUCCUGUCCCUUUGGAAUAUCUUGCAACCAUCAGACUGGGCAGUGCAUCUACAUGUGCCCACCUGGAUUUCAUGGAGAAAGAUGCCAGUUCCCUUGUAGCCAUGGACGAUUUGGCAUAAACUGCCAGGAAACUUGUCACUGUAGUGGUGCACCAUGUGACACACAGACAGGCCUGUGCAUUUGUCCAGCUGGAAAAACUGGCCCAGCCUGUGAUCAAGACUGCCCAGAAGGCCUAUGGGGUACAAACUGCAGCCUCCCAUGUGGCAUAUGUGAAAAUGGAGCAGAGUGUAAUAAAAUAACUGGUAACUGUGAUUGUCCCCCUGGAUUUACUGGAAAGUCCUGUGAAAAUUCUUGCCCCAAUGGCUAUUAUGGUGUGAACUGUCAGCUGAUCUGUAACUGUGAUAAAGAUGUCCAUUGUGAUCCAGUAACAGGACAGUGCAUGUGUCCACCAGGGUGGACAGGUUUUGAUUGUCAAACAGUUUGUGAUAUUGGCCGCUGGGGACAACUGUGUGCUAACAACUGUGAAUGUGAAAAUACCUUUGGAAGCUGUGAUCCUGUGACUGGAUUCUGUCUUUGUGAAGCUGGCUACAUGGGCAAGCACUGUGAGCAAAAAUGUAUUCAUGGCACCUAUGGUGCAGGAUGCAAGUUCUUCUGCCAUUGUGAGAAUGGUGCUACCUGCGACCACAUCAGUGGAGCUUGUGCUUGUUCACCUGGCUGGACAGGAACAUUUUGUGAAAAGCCUUGCCCGGAUGGAUUUUAUGGGAUUGACUGUCUCCAGAUGUGUAAUUGCAAAAAUGGUGCCCACUGUAACCACAUCACAGGGACAUGCCAGUGCCCUCCUGGAUGGGUGGGAACCAAGUGUAACCAGGAAUGCCCCAUGGACAGAUAUGGUGUAAACUGCACUCAGAUCUGCAACUGUCACAAUGGUGCAACUUGUGAUGGAGUCCAUGGUCACUGUAUCUGUGCAGCUGGAUGGACUGGAGCUACAUGCCAGAUUGCAUGCCCAGCUGGAUUAUAUGGGAUGAAUUGCGUACAGCACUGCAUUUGUAGAAAUGGAGGUACAUGCAAUCCAGUGACAGGUCAGUGCACCUGCCCUGAGGGCUGGACUGGCAUUGCUUGUGAGCUCGAGUGUGAGGAUGGCAAGUUUGGAGCAGGCUGCCUGCAGUUCUGUAACUGUCGAAAUGGAGGUACCUGUAAUAAGCAAAGUGGAAAAUGCACCUGCCAGUCUGGAUGGACUGGUGAUCAUUGUGAAUCAGCUUGUCCACCCGGAUCCUAUGGAGAGCUCUGCGCAGAAUCAUGUGACUGUGAUCAUGGGUCUUUGUGUGAUCAUGUGACUGGGAUAUGCCGGUGUGACACAGGAUGGAGAGGGAGGAGGUGUGACAAACCAUGUCUACCUGGAACCUAUGGUGACAACUGUGCUCAGCAGUGUGAAUGCUCAUCUGGUGUGCCAUGCAACCAUCUCACAGGAGAAUGUGGAUGUCCAAUAGGAUUUAUUGGAAAUGGAUGUGAAGAAAGUUGUCCUCCUGGCACUUACGGCCAAAACUGCAAGGAGCUGUGCCAGUGCUCUGCUGAGAAUGAGCAGUGCCACCCUGUGACUGGCAAAUGCACCUGUCUACCUGGUUACUAUGGAAACCAAUGUAAACUCAAGUGCCCAGAUGGAACAUAUGGACCUUAUUGUAAAGAAGCAUGUAAAUGCCAGAAUGGAGGUCAUUGUGAUACUAAGAUGGGAACAUGCACGUGUCCUCCAGGAUAUCUAGGAGCUGACUGCAGUCAAAGAUGCCCUGAGAGUUACUUUGGUAAAGACUGCACUUUUGUGUGCUCAUGUGGAAAAGGAGGGCAGUGUGACCAUGUCACAGGGAAAUGUUUGUGCUAUCCUGGCAAAACAGGGGAGAACUGCCAAAAAGCUUGUCCCAGUGGUUACUUUGGUUUGAAUUGUGAGCAGGUCUGUAGAUGCCAAAAUGAUGGAAUUUGUAAUCCGGUGGAUGGCACUUGUUAUUGUGGACUGGGAUGGACUGGCCCAUACUGUGAGAAAGAAUGCUCUUCAGGGAAAUAUGGUGCUAAUUGCCAGCUGGAUUGUUCCUGCCAAAACAAUGGGACAUGUGAUAGAUUUACAGGCUGCUGUCACUGUGCUGCGGGUUACUAUGGGCACUCUUGUGAACACAGCUGUCCUUCUGGAUUUUAUGGGUAUUUUUGUGCUCAAACAUGUAACUGUAAGAAUGGUGCUUCAUGUGAUCCGCAGACUGGAGAAUGCCUUUGUCAAGCAGGAUACCAUGGAACUCAAUGUGAAAAAGGCUGCAGUUAUGGGACAUACGGAGAGAACUGCCAGCAUCGCUGCCACUGUGAUGCAGGUGGACCCUGUGAUGCAGUAACUGGAAAAUGUAUUUGUUCCCUUGGAAGGACUGGAGAAAGGUGUGAUACUGACUGCAGAAUCAACCAAUUUGGACCUGGGUGCUUACUAACAUGUGAAUGCAGCAGUCAGGCACAAUGUAACAUUCACAAUGGAAACUGUAUAUGUUCCUUAAAUUGGAUGGGACCUACAUGUUCAGAAGGCGGGCCCCAGAUUACUGAGCAAGCACAAGGAACUGACCUUGUAAAACACUCUGCACCUCAGUAAUCUUCAGACAAGUAUCAUCAGGUUAUACCAGGAAACAUUUUCUCAAAAUGGAGAACUGCAAGAGAUGGCAUUCCGGAAGAAAGAGCAUUGCUUCCUUAUUUUUUUUAACUCAUUCUACUUUUGUUAAGUACAGGACUGACCGACACAUAUCAUUUCUCUUCUUCAGGUGCCAGGCAGUUUUCUUUUUAAGAAUGGGACACGUGUUUGUAACAUUCAUGUAAAAACAUUUUUAUCUCAAUCAUUAGAAUGACUUUUUCUUACACCAUCCUCUAGGUAUCCUGCUGUACAAUACUUUGAUAUUGUAGAUAAUGGUGCUGAUUUCUCCUACUGGGUAGUGCGUUGCCGUUCACACUGCCUAAAAGUGAGUCUCUCAAGAGUUCAUUAAUGUAUCAUUACAUUUUUAUUUCACAUAUUUUUCUUUUUUGUAUUCUUUAGUCUAGUUAAAGAUCAGAUGUGAACUUUUAAAGUAAAUUGCUGUGAGUGUA